AUGGAGGUUUAUAUUGAUGACAUGCUAGUUAAGUUCCUAGAAACAGAGGACUAUUUGAAGCAUUUGCAGGAAACCUUCGACAUACUUCGCAAACACAGCAUGAAGUUGAACCCGGAGAAGUGUGCCUUUGGAGUUAGAUCCGAUAAGUUCUUGUGUUUCAUGGUGUCAAACCGAGGAAUUGAAAUCAACCCGGACAAAAUUAAGGCCAUUAAAGACAUCAAAGUGGUUAAUAACAUGAAGGCGAACAACGAGGUUGAUGCAUUGGCCAACCUAGGUUUGUCAGUCGGAGCAGAGGAAUUCAACUCUGGCACAGUCGUUCAGUUGAUGAAUUCGGCCGUGAAAAAUGGUCACGCCAAGAUAAAUGCAAUGAGCUUGACAUGGGACUGGCGCAAUAAGUACAUGGACUAUUUGCGAGAUGGGAAACUCCCAACGAACUCUAAGGAGUCAAGGUUUCUUCGAACCAAAGCAACGAGAUUCUGCUUGAUCGAUGGCCAGCUGUAUCACCGAUCUUUUUACGAGCCUUUGGCUAAAUGCUUGGGGCCCGGAGAAAUAAAUUAUGUGAUGCGAGAAGUCACGAAAGGACUUGUGGCAACCAUUCGGGAGCCGAAGCUUUGGUCCGAAAGAAAAUCAGAGCAGGAUACUACUGGAACCAGAUGA